CACUGGCUCUCUGAGUCUGAGCGCUGCGCAGGCACGACGGCACUGCGGGCUCUGGCAAACCGGCCAGCGACCACGCCGCAGCGGCUGCAUCAAUUCCCAAAGCGAGAAGAGCAUCCGUAAGGGCACAGGAGCCAUUGGCAGGGUCAGCCACUAAGGCGGCAUCGGGCAUCACUGCACGGCUCCGCAGCACAAGCAAUGCACCGCUCCACGAAUCACAACGGCGGCUACGGGUCGCUCACGGCGUCGCCGAGCGUCUUCGAGGAGAACGAGAGCUGUGGAGACGCGUGCGCGCGGCAACUGCCUUCAUUAGAAUGGAUCAAGGCCUACGACCUGUCGUGGCUCUGGAACGACGUCGCCGGCGGGGUCACGCUCGGGCUCGUGCUCCUCGCGCAGUCGUUGGCCCACGCGCACCUCUGCGGCGUCGCGCCGAUCCGGGGCCCCUACGCUUGUUUGUUGGCGCCCCUGGCCUACGUGCUGCUCGGGACGUGCCACGAGGCGUCCAUCGGGACGGGCGGCCUCGUGUCGCUCGUGGUCUCGGAGCAGCUCGCGCGCGAGUACGCGACGCCGGAGGAGCGGUCGGCCCGCGCGGCGACGUGCGCUUUGUUGGUUGGGCUGGUCCUGUGCGUCAUGGGGCUGCUCCGGCUGGCGUUUUUGGUAAGAUUCCUGUCGCGGCCGGCGCUCUCGGGCUUCAUCAGCGGCUCGGCGCUGCUGAUCAUCAAGAGCAUGUCGGGACCGAUGGUCGGCGGCCACCUGCCUCGCCCCAACGACAAGCACGGCAUGCACGCGCACCGGUCGACGGCGCUCGUGUCGUUUGCCUGCCUCGCAUGGCUUUUCGCCGCGAAGCCGCUCGCUAACCUGGCGCGAGGUACAGUGCUCGAGCGCGUCGCGGAAGGGGCAGCGCGGUUCAAGGCGCUCGUGGCGCUGUUCGCGAGCGCCGUUCUCGCGACAACCAUAGCACCGGGCGUGUCGGUAGUAGGAGAAGUCCCGCAGGGCCUCCCGCCGAUCAAGCUCGACGUCCUGUCGACCGAGGAGCGCGUCGAGAACAUGCUGCCGGGCGCCGCGUUGGUGGCCAUCGUCGUCUUCGUGUCGUCUUUCGCAUCAGCGAAGAAGUGCGCGCUGCACGGCGGCUACCACAUCGAUUCGGCGAAGGAGAUGUGGGCGCUCGGCGCGGCGAACGUCGCCGCGGCGGCGUGUGGCGGCGUCCCGGUACAGGUCGGGCUGUCUCGCUCGGCGCUGGCGAUUUCAUUAGGAGUGCGCUCGCAAGUCGCGAGUUUGUUUGCCGCUGCGUUGAUCGCCGUCGUCCUCUGGGGCGCCGCGUCUUUAGUCGAAACAGUGCCGUUGUGCGCCCUGUCGGCGGUCAUCGCGCACGCCGCCGUCAGGCUGUUGGAGUGGGAGACGUUGGGGCGCCUCUGGAGCCGCAGGCAUCUGGGGUCCGGGCGGGACUUUUGCGUGUGGGUAGUUGCCUUCGUGGGAACGCUGGUGCUGGGCGCCUUGUGGGGCUGCGCGGUGGCAGUUGCCACGUCACUGUUACUCGUUUUACGGACCGUGGCGGCGCCGAAUUUGACGGUGCUGCGCGUCGAGCGGGCGGGCGGCCGCGCGGGCGAGUGGCGGUCGUCGCCGGCCCUCGUUUCGUUGGAUGAGGAGGCGCGGUCGUCGCUGGUCGUGCGCGUCGAGGGGCCGCUGUGGUACGCGAAUGCGGAGCGCUUCCACGAGCAGGUCGAGGAGCUCGAGUUGUUCUACUCGCGGCGCGGCGAAGCCCCUUUGGCAGUGGUUCUGUGCGCGUCGUCCAUCUCCUUCAUCGAUGCGACCGCGCUCUCGGUGCUAGAGGAAAUGACGCAGUCAUGGAAGCGCCGGGCCGUCCACUUCUACGUCGCGUCGGCAUAUGGGCAACCCAAGGCCCUCCUCGAGGCGGCCCUCAGUGACGUCGGCGACUGCUCGCGCACGAUCGACGCGUGCCUCGCCGCCGAAAACGCGUCGCGCACGGUGACGACGCGCCGCCGCCGCGCCACGAGCCACGACCUGCCCCGGGCCUUGGGCGACGACGACGCGUUCAAGGUCGGCUUCCACCGGUCGCUGCCGUCGUUCCAGACGCUGCCUACGUCCCCGGCAAGCGGCGCGGCGUGAGUGUAAGUGUGAUUGUACUCAACCCCUGCCUUGACGAGACGCCCCCCGUAAAAGAAAGUA